AUGAUCUUCUACCUAUUUGUGCUGCAGUUGCUUCCGGGCAAUUGCUUCCAGCCUUUCCAAGACGGAGCUGAGUUGAAGACGGUAGUGGGAGACUGGGUGGCUGGGACACCAGCAGAAAAGCUUGCCAUCGAAGGAGUGUAUGGACCUAUCGGCGAUUGGAAUGUUUCCCAAGUGACUACCAUGAAUGCACUAUUCAUGAAUCUCGACUUCAAUGAGAACAUUGAUGCGUGGGACGUUUCGAACGUGGAAGACAUGGCUUUCAUGUUUUGGGGCACACCCUUCAACCAGCCCCUAAAUUCGUGGGAUACAUCGGCAGUGACAAGCAUGCUGGCUAUGUUUUACCAGGCCACAAAAUUCAACCAACCCAUCGACUCAUGGAGCACAUCGAGGGUGACCGACAUGAGGGCCAUGUUCGUGGAGGCGGCAGCCUUCAACCAACCCCUCGAGUCAUGGAACACGUCCAGUGUGACCUUGAUGGGAUCCAUGUUCGAUGGCGCCUCGGCUUUCAACCAGCCCCUCGACUCAUUUGACACGUCGAGUUUGACCACCAUGGCGCGCAUGUUCAGUAGAGCCGCAGCCUUCAACCAGCCCCUUCGUUCGUGGGACACGUCGAGGGUGAUGGACAUGGAAGGCAUGUUCCUUGACGCUGCAGCCUUCAACCAACCCCUGGACUCGUGGGACAUGUCGAGGGUGACCUCCACGGCAAACAUGUUCAACGGUGCCACAGCCUUCAACCAACGCCUGGACUCAUGGGACACGUCAAGCGUGACCACCAUGCUGAGGAUGUUCAGAAACGCCGUGUCCUUCAACAAACCCCUCAGUGCAUGGAACACGUCGCAGGUGACAUCGAUGGCCGCAAUGUUCCAAGGCGCCACGGCCUUCAACAAGCCCCUGAACACAUGGGACACGUCGCAGGUGAGGAGCAUGCUUCGGAUGUUCGACGGUGCCACGGCUUUCAACAAGCCCUUGGGUCGGUGGGACACAUCAAGCCUCCAAUUUGCGUCCUAUCUGUUCUUUGGCGCCACGGCUUUCAGCCGAUGUCUUGCCUCAUGGGACACCUCGAGUUUGAUUGCCAAUGUCUUCAUGUUUGCAGGCAGUGGAUGCCCCGCUGACGCCCCUGUCUUGCAGAAUGGUUUGCUUGACUGUGGUUGCGACAAGCUGUGGUGUGAAGACUUGACUGCAGUGGACUACGCCUUGCUCAAGAAGAAGGGAAAGAAGGCAAUGAAGAACUGCCUUUUGACAUCUUUGAUCCAGGACACUGAGUCUGCUUCCGGGCUGCCCUGGAAACGUGCAUCUGCCAAAGUACCUUGGCUCACAGUUUUUGUAGGCUUAGUCGUGGCCUUUGCGGCUUCAGCCGCAGCUGCAAUUGCUUGGCGAAGCCACAGACGGCAGUUUCCACCCACAUCAUAUGAAGAGCUGUAA